CCGGAGCUAUCUUUCACACACAUUCCACGAUCGGCCGUGGGCUAAUCGGAUCGAGUCCGGAUCGUCGUUCGAUUUUUCCAGUGUUCGCGUUUCGUACUUUAUUAUGAUCAUCUAGUUUCAUGACUUGAUAAUAAUUCAUAAAUAACAAUAACAACAAAAUGUACGAACAAAAAUGUUUGUUAACGUUUGCCGUACUGUACCACCUAUUGGCGUACGGUAUGGUCUCCGCUGGAUCACCGACUGGUGUGUACAUGGACAAUGGUGUCCAGACAGUUAAGCAAGAUCUCAUGUCGGUUGAGGAGCGAAACGAAGUUGAACAAGAGAUACUGACCAUGUUUGGUGUGCCGAAAAUACCACGAAAAUCUCCAAAGAACCUUGACGGUUCGGCACCACAGUUUUUGUUUGACGUCUACAGAUCUAUACAACAAGAUGGUUUACAUGACAGAAAAACAAGAAGUGUUUCGGAUAUUGGUCAAUACGAUGAUCGUACCGUACAAGACAGUGAUGUCAUUGUCACAUUAUACCUAUCAAAUCAUUCUCCAGUUAGUAAUGUUCGACAUGAACAUGGUAAACGGAUUUUAUUUGAAUUAAAUGAUGUACCACCUGAAGAAACUCAUAUGAUUACUUCAGCUGAAGUUCAUUUGUACCAAUCUGGAACUUUAAGUAGUGUUAAAAAGUAUUCGGUAACAUUGUAUCAAGUAUUAAUUACAAAAAAUGGAGAAAAAGAAUUAGAAUUUGUGGAUACACAAAAUACAACAACAGAUUAUGAUGGAUGGCUUCGGUUUAAUGCAACUGGAGCUUUAGUUUCAUGGACUCAUUACUUAUACCCUAAUAGAGGAUUAUAUGUUUCUGUACAUUCUCAUGACAAUGAAGAUCAUGAAAUCAAACCUGAAGAAAUUGGUAUGGUGACUUGGGCUGAUAAACAUCAACUAUCUGAAGCAAAAAAACCUUUUAUGGCUGUUUAUUUGAAGUCCAGAAAUGGAGGUAAUAUAGUUGGUGGUCCUUCUCUUCAAAAACAUUAUAGACGAAGAAGAAGGAAAACUAUUGAAAGUAGUUACAAUUCAAACCCAUUUCAAAACAUAGCAGAUGGAUUUCAAUCUAGAAGUUGUCAAAUACAAACCUUAUAUGUGAGCUUCAGAGAUCUGGAAUGGCAGGAUUGGAUAAUAGCGCCAGAUGGUUAUGGUGCAUUUUAUUGCACAGGCGAGUGUAAUUUCCCACUCAAUGCUCACAUGAAUGCCACUAACCAUGCAAUUGUUCAGACAUUAGUGCAUUUGAUGAGUCCUCUACAAGUCCCUAAACCAUGCUGUGCUCCAACAAAAAUGGCUCAACAGGCAGUACUAUUUUUUUUGGAAGAUAACAAUGUUAUAUUAAAAAAGUAUAAAAACAUGAUAGUUAAAAGUUGUGGGUGCCAUUAAAAAUUGCCCAUUUGAUUUAAAAUGGAAAGUACAUAUAUGGCUGUUAACAAAAAAAUCUGAAAUUGACAAUUAUUUUUAGGAAACUUUUUUUACUCCGUCGUCUUAAGUUUAUUGUUAACUAUUGUGUAAUUUAUUAACACAACCAACUAUUUACACAGAUAAAAAAGGUAUAUUAUUUAUAUACUAAAUUCUUUAGGUCAUAGUGAUAUUUUAUAAACAGCAAACAAUUUAUAUUUUAAAUUAAUCAAAUUUACUUGACAAUAUUUUUAAUGAUAUUAUAAAUACCUGGAUUCUAACUAUAGAAUUAGAUAGUGUCAAACGCGAAUCAGAAUUUUUAUGAAAUUAUUUUUUGUUAUUCAUUUUAAUUACAAAUAUGAACACAAUACUAUUUUAUUUUAAUUAGUUUAAGUUAAGUUAGUAUAAUAACUAUUUUAAAAUCUCUUAUUUUAGGAAAAAUAUAUUGAAUUUCCUAACUUUUCAUGUUGAAAAAUAAUUUGCUAUUUUAUUCAUGGUAGCAAAAACUAACUCUUUGAGUGUUCGAUACUUAAAUUGUAGGUGGGUGCUUACUGGUGUUUAUCGCCAGUAAAAUGUAAUGACAAUAAACUAUUAUCUUAAAGGAAAAUAUAAAGUUUACUGUUACUUAAAUACAAUUUUUAUUUUUUAUUUCAUAUUAUAAAUUAUGCUUUGAAAAAACACAAAUUUAUUUAAAAUUAUUUAAUGAAUCAAUGUGUAUUUACCACUAAUUGCAUUGAUGUUCAAGUUAAUUCAAACUUAAUAAAAUGAGAAGUCAAGAAAUUCUUUUUUCAAAGUUUAUAUUACUUUAUUCAUUCUAGAAAACUUAAUUUUUUAGCACAUUUUAUAAAUAAUGAAUUAAGUUAAAAUUUAUGGAAAAAAUUAAAGCUAAUGUUUAGCCUUGUUAAAUUGUAUAAUUUUUUCUAAUUUUUAUUUAUCAAGGAAAUAAUAUUCCAAUUUUUACAUUUGAUAUAUAAGUAAAUAGUAAUUUAAGUACACUAAAUAUUUUUAAUAACAUUAUUAAUUUCAUCAGCUUAUUAUGACUGGAAACUUAUUUAAAUUUCUAAUUAUGUUUAUUAAUUUUGAUAAAUAGUUGUAUCAAAUUAAGGUUUUUUUUUUAUUUAAUAUAUGGCUCUUUAAUUUAACAUGUUAAGUUUAAAAAAAACCUUUGUUACAAAAUUAGCAUUGCUCAAACUUGUUUUAUUUUUAUAAUAUGUGCCUUAUUAAACAUUUAUUUUGUGUAACUAUAGAUAAAAAAUAUGAAUUGUAGAGACAUUUGUAUAUUGUUAAUACUAUAGUUAUUAUUAAAAUAAAUUAAUAAGAUUUUUAGGAAACUCGGAGAAAAGUUGGCAUAACUAUAAUAUUUUAUAAAAGUUAAAUAUUUGAUUAAAAAUUAUCAUCCAAGUUCAUUAUGUGUACAUAAUGAUGAAAUAUCAGAUAUUUAUAGAGGUCAAGACUUUAUACAUCGGUUUUUAUAUACCAAUACUUUAACUUAAUAUAUUGUAUAAUAAUUAACAGAAUCCAUGUAAUUCAAUUUUUUAGACUAUUUUAUACACUAUGUAAACAUUAUUUUAAUAGUUUAUGUUUAUAGUAUCAUUUACACUAUAUACUACAAGCUACAAGAUAUUAGAUGUUAAUAUUAUUUACGUCCACUGUCCACUGUUCCUAUACUUAUAUGUUCACCUAUUUUAGAAAAUUUACAUUAAAUAUUUUAUAGUACUUAAAAAAUAUGAUUAUGAUUUAUGAUAUAAUUAUACUAUAAGAGUUUUCAAUAAAUAAUAUUUAUAAAUCGUGUUAAGGCAAAAAAAAAAUGUACAAUUUGUCUUAAACUCAUGACUUUUAUAAAGACAGUUUUUAUGAAAUAAAUAUAUUGUGAUCAUACAAA